AUGUCGUACCACACUUACCACACUGGUCGAACUUCUCCUAUACCAACGAACUCUGAACAACUCAAAAGCUCAGAUAGUCGAUCUCCAAUAAUAUCAACAACCCCAAUAGAGAAACCAUCGGGUCUCAACCGAACCAGACAAAGCUUGUUGGUUGCCCCGCAGAAGGCGGGCGGGAGCUAUUCAUCCAGAGCGGGAGCCCGCAGCCCAGUCGAGCCGCUCAUCUCAUCGCCUUUGCGCAUCAUUUCAUCUGCCAUGGCAUCUGCUCCUACUUCACCCGAGAGGGAGACCCCUGGAGAUGUCAAUGUCCAUGCUCGGAGAUCAUCUGACUAUGCCGUUGAAGCUGGCCGAACAGCAGCUCACCUUGGAAAUGAUGAUAAUGGGAAAUUUGACAACACUGCGGCUUCUUCAGAACAGCCACAUGCAAAAAAGCGAUUUCUGCAAUCUCGAGAGAGAUCCCAGGGACGCAAGGGUGUGGCCGCCAUGAUGUCUGGCCGUCUCUUCCCUAGAAGCUUCUCCCGCGGCAGAGAACGAGAUUCAUCACGGGGGUCAUCUUCCCAGCGUGGUUCAUCACUGGAUUCCAGUGCGACACCUUCCCCGGAUCGGGGUCGUUCCCCUGCCUCUGGUGGCCAGUCUACUCAUAUUGAAACUCUUAAAGCAUCACCUGGGGAUUCAGGGAAAGGGCAGGCAUUUAAUAUGCACGAUUCAUUCAACAAGUCAGACGAAGCAUUGGUCAAACCACAUGGGAAUCUGCCAGACUAUGUCAAGCCAGCUGUGGAGGAGGGAGGGGAGCGGUUAGCCAAGGAUGUAUUUGAUCGUGACAAGAAUAUGAUUGAAAGCAGCGAGGAUGAACCUGAUUCCUCGAGCGACGAAGAUAGCACCCAUGAGGGUGAACGGGGCCGACGGAAGAAGAAGCACUCGGAUAUCACAUCGAUCACGCCUAGUGAUUUCGAGAAACCUAAGAGUGACAAGUCCAGGCAGUCAGAAGAACAACAAGUUUCUCCAAAACCAAGUGGACACCAAGAGAAGAAACCCCGAAAAUCUGCGUUAAAACCUGUGGUGCAUCCGCAAACCAGUUUCGACAUUCCCACCCCUCGUAUCCAAUCAGUGGCUGGGACACCUUAUGGCUCCGAUGAUGAAGCCGAGAUCGGUGACAUUCAUCGUGCCCAGAAGCUCGGUAUUUCCAUGUCAGCAAUUGAUAACGGAGUUCGCAACCGCUCCAUCCGGACAAUUGUUCGCGGGAACUUCUCGAGUCUGCAGGAGGAAGGUGAUGGGACCCGUCGUCGCCGGCGCAAAUACCUAAUCGCAACCGACUUGAGUGAAGAGUCGGUGUAUGCCCUGGAGUGGACCAUCGGUACGGUUCUUAGAGACGGAGAUACCAUCUUUGCCAUAUACGUCAUGCAUGAGGACUCUGCUACUGCGCCAGCAGGGCAGGUCGGCGAGGGAGCCAAAAUGAUAAAAGAUGCGAGGGCUGUUGUUGGCACCCAGACAAAGGAAGCCAAUCAAAAUUCUGGAUCCCGUACCAUUCUGGGUCGACUUGGCCCUGGUACUGCAAGCAAGACACACUCUGCUGAUUCCCGGGCAUCCUCGAUAGCUGAGGCGGAACGGGUGAGGGCAGUUGAGACUGUGUCUCAGACCUGUGUGAAGCUGCUGCGGAAAACGGUAUUGCAAGUCCGAAUUGCCGUGGAGGUGAUCCACUGCAAGAACCCGAAGUCUAUGAUUACUGAAGCUAUCGAUGAACUCGAGCCGACACUAGUUAUUGUGGGCGCUCGAGGCCAAAGUGCUUUGAAAGGUGUCCUUCUCGGCUCAUUCUCCAACUACCUACUCUCGAACUCUUCCGUCCCGGUAAUGGUUGCUCGCCGAAAGCUGAAGAGACAUACAUGGAAAGACAAACUCAAGGGCACCGCCAAUGUGCGCCUAUCCAAUAAUCUCGUUACUCCGAAAAGCCUUUCCCAAGCUAUAGUGGAUUGA